AUGUCGGCCGACACACUCUCGCUUGCAGGGAAGACUGCUUUGGUGACAGGGUCUGGCAGAGAGACUGGCAUCGGUGCCGCUAUUGCCAGAGCCUUGGCCAGGAACGGCGCGUCGGUAGCGAUUCAUUACGUGUCGGAGGACUCCAAGGCGCGAGCUGAGAAGGUAGCGAGCGACAUCAGCAAAGAGUUUGGCACCAAAACCACCGUCGUACACGGAGGGGUGGAAAGCUACGACACUGCGAAGAACAUUGUUGAGCAGAUCCUGAAAGCAUUUGCUGUCGAUCACAUCGAUAUUCUCGUCAACAAUGCAGCAAUUGCACGCAACACACCUCUCAUGGAUGUGAAACAAGACCAGCUCGAACAUGAGUUCGCCGUCAACGUCUUUGGCAUGAUCUAUAUGACACAGGCUGUUGUUGGCGUGGGUCGAAUGCCGCAAGGAGGCCGCAUCAUCAACAUCGGGUCCAUCGCCUCCAAGGUUUUGGUCCCGCCCGCUGUCUAUAGUACGACAAAAGCUGCAAUGGAUGCCCUGACAACGCUAUGGGCUGGCGAGCUUGGCAAGAGCCACGGAAUCACCGUCAAUACACUCGCCCCGGGUCCAGUUCCAACAGACAUGUCCAAAGAGUAUCUGGUGAACCCUGAUGGGUCUCCCACCGCGCUUCAGCAAGCUAUGUAUGCGCAGACGCGAGCUGCGGAUCGCCUUGGCUCGGUGGAGGACCUGGCUGAUGCUACGCUACUGCUGGUGUCAGAGAAGAGCCGGUGGAUCACUGCACAAUUUAUCUCAGUAAGCGGCGGAAUUACAGGGGCGAUGUAA